AUGCCUUUCCAUAAGCACACUGUGGAGCCUCAGCGUCUGUGCAGAUUAAACCAGGAACGAUGUGCUCCAGGACGAUCUGGUUUGGGAUCAGAUCGCUGUGAUGGAUUAAAUGUACAUGUAUGGAGCUCUCUGACUGAUGUAAACAGUAGAACUUUGUAUAAUAUCCUGCAGCAGCUGUCGGAUCUGUCCUCUCAUGCCUGCAGCAUCUUCCUGGAGAUCCAGACCGAAGCUGCUUCAGUAGUUCACAGAAGUGCAGCACUGCAGCUCAGAUUGGAUUCUCUACAGGAUAGAAUCAGACAACUCGAUCAUAAAAACAUACCAGUCCCUGUGUCUAGUUUAGAUGAAGAGAGUAAGUGGUCAGUGCAUUACACAGCUCCAUGGCAUCAGCAAGAGAAUGUAUUCCUGCCGGGAAGCAGACCACCCUGUGUGGACGACCUGCACCACCAGGCCAAGGUCAACCUCAAAACUGUCUUCAGAGAAUGUGACAAGCUGAGAAAAGAUGGCUUUUGUAGUUCCCAGUACUCCUCUCAAAGUCCAGCGUUUUCUUCACCCACACUGUCUGAUAGGCAGUUGGACCAGGAUGGGACAAAGAAAAAGAAAAAGUCAUCAGAAUCGUCAGCUGAAGAGGAGACGCUGAUGUACUCUAUGAGACCUCAGACUCCACUACUGGAUAACAUCUGUGAUAUAAACCACUAUAACAGCUGGAAUAAGUGUCUGCCUUUACCAACACCAGAGGAGAAGAUGAAGCUGCAGGCUCAGUCUGUGUCCACUGACAUUGUCCCCAUCAACAUCACAGGAGAGAGUUUUGACCGGCAGUCAAGUUUUCGUCGUACCGUGAUUAACACUGACACAACAAUACGAAGGUCAAAAAGGGUAAAACGACGGAAAACAAUAACCGGAGUCCCUGACAACAUCCAAAGAGAAUUAGCAACUUCAGAGCAAACUGCUAUCAGAGUUCAGUCCAUGUACAUGGCAGGCCAAUACUCCACCAUUAGCCAUGUAGGGAGUGCCAACUCCCCCCAGAAGAACUCGGGCUGUCCAACAGAAGAAGUAAAGAUUUUACGCCCAUCAAUGCGCAGAAUCCGGGCACAAAAGGGCCAUGGCAUUGCUGCUCAAAUAGCCAACAGCUCUGUUUCAUCUUUAGGUAGCAACUCCAACAUGAGUGAUUGCACCGGUGCUAGCUAUACCCCUCAAAUUACCAAUGUUGACCAACGAUUUCACAGUCUGCCUCGUCAAGGUGCUCGAAUCUCUAUUCAACAGCUUGAGUAUAAAUGUUCUGGAUCCAGCUCAGACCAACAGUACAUGUCUGAUUCAAUAAAAGGUCCAUUUAUGAGUCCCAAAUCUAAUGAAUGUCGGAUCGUUCCGGAUAUACAUCACAAUGCAAUGCAGACUUCGCAAUCAGGCUACAUGGAUUUUAAUCACAACAGUCCAACCUCCAGCCCAACCUCUGCCAAUGCAACUCAGCAAAAGUUAAGAAACUUUGGCUGUGUCCACUCAGCACAAAAUCUUGUUAUGGAUGAGUCUUCAGUACAGUCUGCUCCUUCUUGUCAUUUAGACAGCUGCAUCAGCAGUACUGAGUUCCUUGUUUCAGCUGGAUCCUCCUGUUGCCUCUCUUCAGCCUCCCUCCAUAUGGCUUCAUAUACAGACACUGAGUCGCAGUGUAGCACCAUUGAUGGAAGAUACUGCAUCAGCUCUAACAAAGAAUUAUCAGAGACCAGCACGUAUAGCUUCAGCACACUGACAUCUGACCACUGGCCAUACGAACUAGCUUCCAAUGACCAACACACCUCCACUUGUUCCUCUCCUGUGAGUCAUCUAUACAAUAGUCUGGAACGUUCACCCAGCAAGACAGACUCCUGCUCAUUGUAUUCUCUUGAUACUGGGGGAUACGACACAUCUAAGCAUUUGGAGUCAUCUCUCAAAUCAUACAGUUACGGUUGCAUCAACAAAGCAGGCAAGUCAAGACGCAACUUUUAUGAGUGUAGAGAUCAUAGAAGUCAAGAUGACAAUGCGAGUCUAAACAGCAAUCGUUCCCUGACUCGAAGCAUUUCUCUUCGGAAAGCUAAGAAGCCUCCUCUUCCUCCUAAAAGGACGGACUCCUUACAACGCAAGACCCAGCGAAAACAGCCCCGCAGAGACAAUGUCCUUAAUGAUCAGUUAACCUCUAGUCCCUGUGAGAUCCUGAAAAGCCACAGUGCAUCAUUUUCAGGCCAAAUAAACUGCAUUGCAUUGGCAGACCCUUGGGUUGUCCGCACCAGAGACCAGAACAUAGCCAGUGCAGCAAGCAGUGGAAUGUCAGCACCAGCUGCUGUCGGUUCCAUCACACCAACACACAGUGAUAACACCAGCCAGCACUUUGAAUAUGCCGAGACAUGGGACUUUCAUAUGGAUUUUCCAGGCUCAUGCUUAGAGAACGAGCCAACCUCUCCUAUUCUGAGGGAUAAACAAGCAGAGGAGAACUCAAGAGGUUCUGAUAAUAAAAUUGGAAUUGGAAUACAUGCUAACCCAAAAAUGGCUACAGCACAAGACAAAGUACCACUUGUGACCUCACCAUCUAGUGGUUAUUCAAGUCAAUCAAUAACACCGACUCUAGGUACCCCAGUUGCAUCCCUUCUAAGAGCCAAAUCUCCAGCAGGAAGGCCCAAACCAAAAGUCCCAGAGAGAAAGUCGUCGCUGCGGUCAUCCGUUUCUUCCUCCAAUACAUCACUAUCCUCAAACAGUUCAGACUCCAUUAAGAAUCUUCCUACACCUCCACCCCUACCGAAAACACUGCCUGGACUGACGACAAGCCCUAUAUCCAGUUCUGAAACGACACUCACUCACUGUCUUAAGACUCCACCACCAUCUCCUCUGGCGGUAAGCUGUUCUGCUUGGAAAAAGCAAAGUUCCCCACCAGUAUCAACCAUCACACCAGAUAAAAGUGAAUCGUUCUUCAGCUUUCCCUUACCACUCUUUGAAGUCUCGGAUCUUCUGUCUCCAAGUAAAAAUAAAAUAAACCCAUUACAGCUCCCACCACCUUGUACAGUUACUCCUGCACCUCCUCCUCCUUUACCUGAAAAUAGUCUUCAAGCAAUGACCAUUUCAGCGACAAAUCUGCCUGUACUUGUAGAAACAGUGGAACAAGAAAAGAAACUAAACUCCAGACAGCAAGAGAAACCAAAGAUCCACCACAGACCACUUAUCACUGCUCAAGCACUGCAAAUGAUCCAUCUUCGACCAAUAAAGCUCAUGAAACUGGAAAAUAUUUUUACAGAUAUAGUUACAACUGUGUGUGAUCCAGAGGAGCCGGAACCCUGUCAAGAACCUCAAACAAGUUCAGACAAACCUGCAGAAACAAAGAUUUUGGAAGAAUGUGUAACAUCUAAAAUCGAUGAGUCCACACUUUCUGCUAACCCACCCGAUGUUCUGCUUGAAUCAAGUUAUACUCAAUCUUGUGAGAAUAUCCCAGAGCUUGCACAAGAACUAAUAACUACCCAGUCUGGAGAGAAUCCGUUAGAGCUCUCAUUUGAUAAUGAACCUCAAAGUGCAUCUUCCUUCUUUCUUAAUGUUCUUCAAUGCACAUCCACCCCAGUUUUCCAGAAUGAAAACUUUCCUGUACCACCUGAAAAGACUCUUUCUCAAACGUCACCAACCAAGUUGCACCAAUCACCUUCAAAUGGUCUUGAAACUCCUGAGGUUACUGACUCACUAGUGCAUUUGGAGACAGAGGGACUAAACAGUGCACUGCAGGCAGAGAUGGUUAAUCUGGAAGAGAUUUUGUCACAACUAGAAUUAGACGUUGAUAAUAUGUCCCUGGAUUUGACUUCACUGGACACAAACAAAAACUCUGUCAACAGCGAGAUCUCAUCAGACAGUCUGUGUGACCUUCAGCUUACCUCCCAGACUUUAUAUGAGCAGGACAUUGAACUAAGUGAUGGUGACUUUGGGCUAAGUGAAGAUAAAGGUAUUUCUGAUGAUGGUUUAAAUAGCAGCUCUGGAUCAGUCCUGUUCAGAGAGGAAGAAAAUACUGAAAACGAUGCUCUAUUUGACUCCAGCACAGACAGCUCUUCUCCAACCUCCAUCACUGAAGGAGAAUCAAUUGAAGAGAUGAUGACAUCUGCAUGCCUUCGUACUACUGAAGAUUUAUUUGCAGCAAUUCACAGGUCAAAGAAGAAGGUUCUGGGACGUUGCGACUCUGAGGAAGAACGCUCUCAUGGCUCACCACCCGUCACCCCCACCAGUUCCGGCCCCACCACGCUUUUCACGCCCCGCCAGAGCAGCUCUAUCCAUCGCAGUCUGCGCCAUUCCUCCACCAGCAAUGACAGUUUUAAAGCUCUACUCCUAAAGAAGGGCAGCCGAUCUGACCCAGGCUUUCGCAUGUCUGCCACCGAGAUGCUAAAAUACACCGACCCCCGUCUGCAAAGAUCCAACACAGAGUCCUCUCCUUCCUCACAAACACCCUGCACCUCUCCGGGCACUAGCAGAAGGACGUCCGAGGACUGGGCACGGUCAGAGGGUGUCUUACCCCGUCUCUCCCCUUCGCUAACGUCCUCCAAAUAUGGACGCUCCAGUACUCCACCCUCAGCUGCCAGCAGCCGGUAUAACAGCCGUAGUCGCAUCCCCAGUGGGCCGAUGACUGUGAUUCGUGAGAAGGAAGGGGAACUUGCCGAGUCAACAGACUGCUGCCUUAAUGCUAACAUUCCCUAUUCUGUGUCUUUGACCUCCAGUGGCACAGUCUGUGCUCAGGGUAGCACUUAAAUCAGACACGUUCUGACCACCCGGACAUGUUUCCACUUAACAACCAAAAGAAAAGAAAGGAUAAACAUCAACUCUACAAUUUAUGCUGACUGCACAAGCUUAUUAUUGACCAGCUUGGCAAGAGAAAU